AUGGCGGCGCAGCUGUCACGUUCAAACGCACGGGAUCAUGAGAUCGCGCAGACAGUUUUUGAGGAGGUUUCAAAUGAGCAACAGGAAGAGCAAACACCAUUCAUACUUGUAGAGAAGCUCGAGCAAUCCGGAAUCAGCUCAGGAGACAUCAAACGCCUCAAAGAAGCUGGAUUCAACACUGUUGAACGAAUAGCUCAUGCAAUGCGGAGUGAGAUUACAUCUGUGAAGGGGAUAAGUGAACAAAAAGCCGACAAGCUCUUACACGAAGCAAUGAAAUUAGUGCCGAUGGGUUUCACUACUGCUUAUGAAGUACACGAGCGACGCAGCGAAUUAAUACAGAUUCGAACUGGAUCGCCUACAUUGGAUAGACUGAUCGGUGGAGGAGUGGAAACGGGUCACAUCACUGAGAUUUUUGGCGAGUACCGCACAGGCAAAAGUCAAAUUUGUCACAGCUUAGCUGUCAUCUGCCAACUGCCAGUAUCAAUGGGAGGUGGUGAAGGGAAGUGUAUGUGGAUAGACACUGAAGGGACGUUUCGACCAGAACGAUUGGUCCCGAUAGCGGAAAGAUUCAACAUGCAAAGCAAGCAUGUGUUGGAGAACAUCGCGGUAGCUCGCUGUUAUAACUCAGAUCACCAGAUUGCCUUACUGACAACCGCAGCAGCAAUGAUGGCUGAGAGCAGAUACGCCCUAUUGAUCGUGGUAGCACAAGUGGACGGAGCCUCCAUGUUCCAAAUGGAUGCGAAAAAACCAAUUGGUGGGAACAUCAUUGCUCAUAUGAGCACAACUCGGUUGGGAUUGCGGAAAGGUCGUGGUGAAACCCGAAUAUGCAAGGUCCAUCAAAGUCCCAGUUUACCCGAAGCUGAAGCCACGUUUGCUAUAACCGCCGGAGGCAUAGACGAUGCUCCUGAAUAA